CCAGAUUUUAGUAACAAAGAAAUAAGAAAGAUUGCUACAGGCAAAAGAUCUGUGUAUAAUGUUGUAUCAACAACAUCAGUUUACUUGGUAUAUUUGUACAAACUUAGUUGCAUUAUUUUGUGUUUCUGUACAUACUCGGGAAUUUAAUGAUGUUUAUAUUCAAACAUUGCCUGCUUAUGUCAUUGCUUCGAAAGCCGAACUUCUCAAUUCAACGACAUGCGGAAAAGAAUUGCAAAACUUCCGAGACGCUAUUGAUCAACGGAUAUUAUGGAGUUUUAAAAUUUUAGAUUCCAGUGGCGGAUUUAAACCAGGUUUUCUUUAUGGAAAUAAUUAUUGGCUAGGCAGUCGUAGUCAGUGUCUCGAUACGAUGAAUAGAAGUCCUUUGAUGUCAUUACGGGAAAUAUUAAAUAACAAGCGGUAUCAUAAUCCGCAAAGAGAAGUUCCACCUUUCAAAAUAAAUUACUUUGUUGCUCAUUUUAGACACAAUAGUACUCUUCAAUAUCGCUUAAAUUUUUUUACAGAGGUAAAUUAAUAAAAUUAUCUGAUUAAAAGGAUAAAUAUAAAUUCUUUGUCAUGUUUUAUCUCAGGAUGUGAUAACGCUAGGUCU